AUUCUUACUUCCUAUUACCUUCUUACCCUUCCCAUGGUUGCAGGUCGUGACUCGUCAGAAGAAACCUUCACGUCCAAUCACUAAAAAAAUGAUAUAAAAGUGUAACAAAGGUUUCUUCAGAAAAAAAAUUCAAGCGAAAAAAAAUUGUGGGUAGCCUCGUGUUAAUGCCGUUUUUAAGUUAAAAGUUGAUUCUUUUGGGUGAUUAACCGCAUGCCCUUUUGCUUAAAUCUAGCGGAGUUUGCAUGCGGUUCUGAUAAGUGUCGAGUAUAAGGCACGGUUGUUGGGGUUGGAAUUUGGUGAACCCCAGGUAAGAAUAAUGGAAAUCCCAUCUUCAAAUGGAUCAGUUUUGAAGCGUUCGCUGAGAAAGAAAGUGAAUUUGAGGAACUAUGAUGAGGAUCUGAUGGAUGAGUUGUUUGAGAAGCAGUUGGGUGGUGGUUUGAAGAAGAGGAAUAAGACCAAAGAAGAUUUGGAGAAGGAGACUGAAACCGAGGCUAUGAUUGCGUUUUCGCUCGGUUUUCCUAUUGAUGCUUUGCUUGAUGAGGAGGUUAGAGCUGGGGUUGUGAGGGAGAUGGGUGGGAAGGAGCAGAAUGAUUAUAUUGUCAUAAGGAACCAUAUAUUGGCUCUGUGGAGGGGGAAUGUGAGGUUGUGGUUGAGUAAAGGAAUGAUUAGAGAAACUGUGAGCAAUGAGUAUGAACAUUUGAUUAAUUCUGCUUAUGACUUUCUUUUGUAUAAUGGGUACAUAAAUUUUGGGGUUUCACCGUCAUUUACUUCUAUGUUGCCUGAGGCAACUGAAGGGACUGUGGUUGUUAUAGGAGCCGGCCUUGCUGGGUUGGCAGCAGCGAGGCAGCUCUUGUCGUUUGGCUACAAGGUUGUGGUUUUGGAAGGUAGGAACCGGCCUGGUGGUAGAGUUUAUACUCAGAAGAUGGGGUGUGAGGGCAAAUUUGCUGCCAUAGAUCUUGGCGGGAGUGUUAUUACUGGCAUUCAUGCCAACCCUUUAGGGGUUCUGGCUCGACAACUUUCUAUACCGCUACAUAAAGUCAGAGAUAAUUGUCCUUUAUAUAAGCCAAAUGGGGCGCCAGUUGAUAGGGAAAUAGAUGCAAGUGUUGAGUUUGUAUUUAAUAGGUUGCUUGACAAGGUCAUGGAGCUGAGGCAAAUUAUGGGUGGAUUUGCAAGUGAUACCUCGCUUGGUUCUGUCUUGGAAACGCUUAAGCUUUUGUAUAAUGUGGCUCGAAGUACUGAUGAGAAGCAGUUGUUUGAUUGGCAUCUUGCGAAUUUGGAAUAUGCUAAUGCUGGUUGUCUUUCAAAUCUUUCUGCUGCCUAUUGGGAUCAGGAUGAUCCUUAUGAAAUGGGUGGUGAUCACUGCUUUCUUGCUGGGGGCAAUUGGAGGUUGAUAAAAGCUUUAUGUGAAGGAGUUCCUAUUUUUUAUGGAAAGACUGUCAAUACUAUCAGAUAUGGAAAUGAGGGUGUUGAGGUUAUUGCAGGGGAUGAAGUCUUUCAAGCUGAUUUUGCCUUAUGCACUGUGCCUCUUGGAGUUCUAAAAAAGAAGGCCAUCAGUUUUCAACCUGAAUUACCUGCAAGGAAACUGGCAGCUAUUGAGAGGAUGGGGUUUGGGCUGCUGAACAAAGUUGCUAUGGUUUUUCCUUAUGUGUUUUGGGGGGAAGAUCUUGACACAUUUGGAUGUCUCAAUGAAUAUAGUCAUCAACGUGGGGAAUUUUUCCUGUUGUACAGUUACCAUACUGUUUCUGGAGGUCCAGCACUUGUUGCUCUGGUGGCUGGUGAAGCCGCACAAGUUUUUGAAUCCACAGAUCCUUCCAUUUUGCUCAAUCGGGUUUUGACUGUUUUAAAAGGUAUAUUUCACCCUAAAGGCAUUGUUGUGCCCGAUCCAAUACAGUCAAUUUGUACAAGAUGGGGCAGUGAUCCCCUUUCUUAUGGUUCAUACUCGCAUGUUAGUGUGCAAUCAUCUGGUGGGGAUUAUGAUAUACUUGCUGAAAACGUGGGGAAUCGGCUUUUCUUUGCUGGUGAGGCCACUAGCAGGUAUUAUCCUGCCACUAUGCAUGGUGCUUUCUUGAGUGGCCUGAGAGAAGCUUCACGCAUUUACCGCUCAUCUCGGGUUCAGCAAAAUUAUCCUAGGAAGUGCAUACUUAAGAAUAUUGGACCAAACAAUGAUGUACUGGUUGAUUUAUUCAAGAAGCCUGAUUUCGAAUCUGGGAAAUUUGCCUUCAUCUUUGAUUCUUCAUCUGAAAGUCUCCAGUCACUGGGGCUUCUGCAAAUCACUUUUGGUAGCGUUGAAGAAAGUUACAUGGAGGUAUUAAACAGCUACCCGAAUCUCCCAAAGUUGCCUUUGCAGCUUUACACUAUUAUAUCCCGUGAACAGGUGCACAAGCUAGAACAAAUUAAAGGAGGGGAUGGAUGCAGGUUGUCAUAUUUGAUAAAAAUCCUUGGGUUGAAGCUUAUGGGAUUAAAUGCUAUAUAUAAUGCAGGUAAUGCAUUAAUAGCUAGCAUUGCUUAUUCGCGAAAAGGGAGGGGGAGGAAUCGCAUAAUUACUUGGUAACACCAUAUCCUCAUUUGGUAAAUCCUGUGUUGGUUUGAAACCUUCUGCUGUAGACACCCUUUACAAAAAAAUUGAAACCUUGUGACACCCUUUGCAAAAAAAAAAUUGCUUGGAAUGAGCAUGGCUUUUCUGCUUCUGGGGUGCUUAGUUUGUAUAUACUAUAGACUUUCAUAGAUCAUUAAUUUCUGAAGGAAAGUCUCUAGUCUCAUGUCAAUGUUUCCGUUAGCUGAUCAUAAAGUCAGAUCAGCAAUGUAACCCACAGGAAACUUAGUUGAAAUUUGCAGAUAUUGGCAAAGUCCAAGAGGGGUGAAGAAUUUGUAUACAGAGGGGUACAAUGCCCCAAUUGUAUCAUCUAUCAACACUCUUUUUAUGUUCAUGUAGUAGUAGUUACCAACACCCCACCCGAUAGAGGAAAAUUACUGUUUUUCUUUUUUAAGGAAGGCCUGUGUGCCUCAUCUCAUAUGCACUUGUAUCAUAUAAUUCUUUCUUUAAUUCCUUGAUUGGUUUAACACAUCUGUCUAAGGCUCGCAUAGUGGCAUUGCUUCAUGCCUUCAUUGGCCACCCAUGUUGAGACAAGUAGAUUAUCAAGUUAAACAUGUUCCCGGGUAUUUGGGUUUGUUGCCUUGGAAUUUCUUGGAAGUUACUUGUCGUCAAAAUAUGUACUGUAAAAAAGAAAAUAAGCGGGGUUACUUACAGGGCAACUAUUUUUGCAUGUUUGAAUCAUAGCAUGUUUGAACGGUCAUUUUUGGAUGACCAAUGUGGUUU